CCAUGUUUGGUUGCUUUGUUGUAGGCUUCUACUAGGCUUCCCUACAGAAUUAGUAAGUGUGGAAAUGGAGCCGAGCUGGAGUACGUUUCUUUUCCAACAGGCCAAUGACGCCCUCCACCAUCAGCAUCAGGUGGCCCAGAACAGCCUGCUACCACUUCUCAAUGCAGGAGCUGAACCAGUUGACCAGAAGCCUGUGCUUCCCAUCCAAAUGGAACAGAAGCCUCCGUCCAGUGCAGCCGACAGUGUGGCUGGUGGCGGAGGAGUGCGCCCCCCAGUGCCCAUCAUAAAAAAGGAGCACAAAGGAAAGACACCAUUUGUGUGCAGCUUCUGCCACAAGGCCUUUCGAGACAGCUACCACCUGCGGCGCCAUGAGUCCAGCCACACAGGCAUCAAGAUGGUGUCACGGCCAAAGAAAGUACUGCAGACAGCCCCCACAAUGGUACCCAUGAUCUCCAGCAUGCCCCGAGAGAACAACGGUAACCCCUCGUACAUCUCCACUGCAGCAGGCAUCCUGUCCACUGCAACCACUUCAGUGUCCUCAGGUACUAGCAUCAUGACACCUUCUUCCAUGGCCAAUAUGCAGCAGCAACAAAAUGUGGUGAAGAAACCGGCCAAGCCUGUGAAGAAGAACCAUGGCUGUGAGAUGUGCGGAAAGGCUUUCCGUGAUGUCUAUCACCUAAAUCGCCAUAAGUUGUCCCAUUCAGACGAGAAGCCGUUUGAGUGCCCCAUCUGCCAGCAGCGCUUCAAGAGAAAAGACCGCAUGACCUACCACGUGCGCUCUCAUGAUGGGGGUGUACACAAGCCCUAUGUGUGCUCAGUGUGUGGGAAGGGCUUCUCCAGACCAGAUCACUUGAGCUGCCAUGUGAAGCAUGUGCAUUCCUCAGAAAGGCCAUUCAAAUGUCAAGUAACUGCCUGUACCUCUGCUUUUGCCACCAAAGACCGACUCCGCUCCCACAUGAUCAGACAUGAGGGAAAAGUCACCUGCAGCAUCUGUGGAAAGAUGCUGAGUGCUGCCUACAUCACCAGCCAUUUGAAGACCCACGGGCAGGCCAACUUUAACUCCUGUAAUAAAGAGGGUAAUGAAGUCUGUAACUCUGCCUCAGCCACUCCAGUGACCAUAUCUGCUCCCAUCACCACAGCAAUGAACAGGGUCAACUCCAACAACAACAAUCCUGUCACCAUUGCGGCCCAAAUGAACAUUAGCACCAAUACGGUCAAUAUCACCUCUCCAAUGAGCCUCCAGCACCCAGUCACCAUCACCGGGCCAGUCAACAUUGCCUCCGUCAACAUCCCCGCCACCGCCCCCAUGAACAUUGCACACCCUGUCGCCAUAACCACCCACACGAUGCCAAUGAAUAUCACCGGCCCACUUAACAUCGCCAUGAGGCCAGUGGAGAGCAUGUCUUUUCUGUCCCAAGUUUUGCCCUCCUCACCGCCCUGGUAAAGAGUAGUGGACUGGACUGAUCAUAAGGAAAGGGAAAAUGAAGUGAAACAACAGACUCCAUUAUUUGCACCUCGAAGAACAUUUUUACUUCUUCAAAUCCUGGAGUCAGUUACCCACAACUGUGCUGCCAGUCUGUGCGUUAGGUAGUGCAGAUGACUGGUAGAGAUGCAGAACACUUGAGUAGAGAUCGAACAGGAUCCAUCAGGAGCAGGAACUUUAUAGUAGCAAAGUAGAGAAAAGUUACUGUGAUCUGCUUCAUAACAAAAGCAUCGACAUAUGCAUGCUUUUGUACAUGAAGUCAGAAAAGGACUCUAGCAAUAACAGAGGAUGCUCUUUCUAAUGUUUUACAUAUUACCUGUCUCACUGUCAACUCAUUUGGUGGACAUUUUUUCUACGUUUUUUUUUUUUUUUUUUUGAGUAUAGACUGCUAAUUGCUAUUUAAUGUAGAGAAGAAGAGUCUAGGAAAAGGGAGCAUCUUCCACUUGGAUGGAAGAAUAUUUUUGUUACAGUGCUAUAGAGUUCUUUCUCAGAAGGUAGGUGUGCUCUCAAGGUACAGUAACUUAACUUGUACAGUGAACAUAUUAAUGUAUUUUAAGUUGUUUUAGUCUUUUAAGCGGACAUCAUCAUUGUCCUGCAUUAUUAUGUUCUGCAGACUCUUGCGGUUUUAACUCAUAGUGCUGAUUAUGAAGUCACGAUGGAGUCUUGCACUGAAAACAUAUCAAAGGAACAAAAACAGCAGUAUUAUACAGAUCAAUUCAGAGUCCUUCAGUGUUCUGGUGAAACAACCAGCACUUAGGGCCCUCUUGUGGCUGGAUUGUAAAAGAUCAAGUCAGGUAGUGAAGCUUUUCCAGUCUGUUACUGUUGGAACAGUCAAUUAACUUUAGUUUUUCUGCACGCUGUUGUUUUAAAAUGACGAAUAUGUUAAAUGCCCAGGCCAAGUCCAAGAACCUUUCACUUUGGAGAUUCUUGGAGAACCCUAUAAUUAUGAACUUGACAAACUUAUGAAACAAUAUGCCUAUACAUUGUACUUAAAUUUAGUUUGUAUUAAGCCUUGAGGCUUUGGUAUUCUAAUAUUUACCAAAUUUGCCACUUUGAGCUUAAGAAGUUAAAGAGUACAAGGACAGCCGUCCAAAUGUAUCAUGAUCUACUGUGAUAUGGCAAACCUGCUGUACAUUCUACAUGUUUCUCUCUGAUGAUAUAGUUUAGGAUUGCGGUCUGAAGGAAUUGUGGCCAAAAUGCUAGUUUGUAUCCAUUAAAGUAAUGGAAUGAGAUUGAGGUUGCAUGACCCCAAACAUUGUAGCUGUUGAACCAACAUGUUUUUUUUAAUCCCAUGUUAAUUUGACAGUGUUGUAGCUCUCGAGUUGAGAUUUUAUAUUGAAAAAUGCAAUGUGCAUGUGUGUCUUUUUUUUCUCAAUUUUUUUUAAAACAAAAAAAUGUUAGCAUAGCUUAUGUUCUUAUGCAUUUAGAUAGACACUAUUAUGUCAUGUUUGCCAAAUUUAUACAAAAAAAAAACUCUUGCUAAGGACUCUCAAAAACUCUUAAUUUUUAAGAAAAAAAGAAAAAAAAUCAGGACCCUUGUGAAAGCAGUUGAAUGUAUAUCUUUGUAAAAAAAUAUUUUAGUUCUAAGGAUAUCAUAGUUACAAUAGAAAUGACCUCCUUUUUUAUAAAUCUUUUGUAUUAGAACAUUAACAACAGUAAUUUUGUAUAUACAAGAGGCUAGACUUUCUGAAUAGCAGAAAGAUUGAACAUUCCUACAUUUAAAAAAAUGUAUGUCUGAAAAAUUAUUCAACUUGCGCAAUGGUAUGUGCCUUUUAUUUGGAUUGUCUAAAUAAAUGAAACCUUAUCAAACAUG